AUGUCCACCAAGGUCAGGAAGUGCAAGGAGCAAGCGAGGGUGACCUUUCCCGCGCCGGAGGAAGAGGAGGAGGAGGGCGAGGACGAAGGCUCGGAGCCGCAGCGCCGCCGGCGGGGCUGGAGGGGCGUCAACGGGGGGCUCGAGCCGCGCUCUGCGCCCUCCCCGCGGGAACCGCACGGCUACUGCCCGCCGCCCUUCUCCCCGGGGCUGGACAUGUCCACGGAGGGAAGCCCAUCCCUCAGGCGCAAGACGGUGAUGCGGGAGAAGGGCCGGCGCCAGGCGGUACGAGGCCCGGCUUUCAUGUUUAAUGACCGGGGCACGAGCCUUACCGCCGAGGAGGAGCGCUUCCUGGACGCUGCGGAGUAUGGCAACAUCCCUGUGGUGCGCAAGAUGCUGGAGGAGUCCAAGACGCUGAACGUCAACUGCGUGGACUACAUGGGCCAGAACGCGCUGCAGCUGGCCGUCGGCAACGAGCACCUGGAGGUGACGGAGCUGCUGCUCAAGAAGGAGAACCUGGCGCGAAUCGGCGAUGCCCUGCUGCUUGCCAUCAGCAAGGGCUACGUGCGCAUCGUGGAAGCCAUCCUGAACCACCCUGGCUUCGCGGCCAGCAAGCGCCUGACCCUGAGUCCUUGUGAGCAGGAGCUCCAGGACGACGACUUUUACGCCUACGACGAGGACGGCACGCGCUUCUCGCCCGACAUCACGCCCAUCAUCCUGGCGGCGCACUGCCAGAAGUACGAGGUGGUCCACAUGCUGCUGAUGAAGGGCGCCAGGAUCGAGCGGCCGCACGACUAUUUCUGCAAGUGCGGAGACUGCAUGGAGAAGCAGAGGCACGACUCUUUCAGCCACUCACGCUCGAGGAUCAAUGCCUACAAGGGGCUGGCAAGCCCCGCGUACCUGUCCUUGUCUAGUGAGGACCCGGUGCUCACCGCCCUGGAGCUCAGCAACGAGCUGGCCAAGCUAGCCAACAUAGAGAAGGAGUUCAAGAAUGACUAUCGGAAGCUCUCCAUGCAAUGCAAAGACUUUGUAGUGGGUGUGUUGGAUCUUUGCCGGGACUCAGAAGAAGUAGAAGCUAUUCUGAAUGGAGAUCUUGAAUCCACAGAGCCUCUAGAGCUACACAGGCAUAAAGCUUCCCUGAGUCGUGUCAAGCUUGCUAUUAAGUAUGAAGUGAAAAAGUUUGUGGCUCACCCCAAUUGCCAGCAGCAGCUCUUGACAAUCUGGUACGAGAACCUCUCAGGCCUGCGGGAACAGACCAUAGCUAUCAAGUGUCUGGUUGUGCUGGUUGUGGCCUUGGGCCUCCCAUUUCUUGCCAUUGGCUACUGGAUCGCACCAUGCAGCAGGCUGGGGAAAAUUCUGCGAAGCCCUUUUAUGAAGUUUGUUGCACAUGCUGCUUCUUUCAUCAUCUUCCUGGGCCUGCUUGUGUUCAAUGCCUCAGACAGAUUCGAAGGCAUCACCACGCUGCCCAAUAUCACUGUAAUUGACUAUCCCAAGCAGAUCUUCAGGGUGAAAACCACCCAGUUCACGUGGACAGAGAUGCUAAUUAUGGUCUGGGUUCUCGGAAUGAUGUGGUCUGAGUGUAAGGAGCUCUGGCUGGAAGGACCUAGGGAAUAUAUUUUGCAGUUGUGGAAUGUGCUGGACUUCGGGAUGCUCUCCAUCUUCAUUGCUGCUUUCACGGCCAGAUUCCUAGCUUUCCUUCAGGCAACAAAAGCACAGCAGUAUGUGGACAGUUAUGUCCAAGAGAGCGACCUCAGUGAAGUUACACUUCCACCGGAGAUCCAGUAUUUCACUUAUGCCAGAGAUAAAUGGCUCCCUUCUGACCCUCAGAUCAUAUCUGAAGGCCUAUAUGCUAUAGCUGUUGUGCUCAGCUUCUCUCGGAUUGCAUAUAUCCUUCCUGCAAAUGAGAGCUUUGGCCCCUUGCAGAUCUCUCUUGGAAGGACUGUGAAGGAUAUUUUCAAGUUCAUGGUCCUCUUUAUUAUGGUGUUUCUUGCCUUUAUGAUUGGCAUGUUCAUACUGUAUUCUUACUACCUUGGAGCUAAAGUAAAUGCUGCUUUUACCACUGUAGAAGAAAGUUUCAAGACUUUGUUUUGGUCGAUAUUUGGGUUGUCUGAAGUCACUUCCGUUGUGCUCAAAUACGAUCACAAAUUCAUAGAGAAUAUUGGAUACGUUCUUUAUGGAAUAUACAAUGUAACUAUGGUGGUCGUUUUACUCAACAUGUUAAUUGCUAUGAUUAAUAGCUCAUAUCAAGAAAUUGAGGAUGACAGUGAUGUAGAAUGGAAGUUUGCCCGUUCAAAACUUUGGUUAUCUUAUUUUGAUGAUGGAAAAACAUUACCUCCACCUUUCAGUCUAGUUCCUAGUCCGAAGUCAUUUGUUUAUUUCGUCAUGCGGAUCAUUAACUUUUCCAAAUGCAGGAGGAGCCGGCUACAGAAGGAUAUAGAAAUGGGAAUGGGUAACUCCAAGUCCAGGUUAAACCUCUUCACUCAGUCUAACUCAAGAGUUUUUGAAUCACACAGUUUUAACAGCAUUCUCAACCAGCCAACACGUUAUCAGCAGAUAAUGAAAAGACUUAUAAAGCGAUAUGUUCUGAAAGCACAAGUGGACAAAGAAAAUGAUGAAGUUAAUGAAGGUGAAUUAAAAGAAAUCAAGCAAGAUAUCUCCAGCCUUCGUUAUGAACUUUUGGAGGACAAGAGCCAAGCAACUGAGGAAUUAGCCGUUCUGAUUCAUAAACUCAGUGAGAAACUGAAUCCUAGCAUGCCAAGAUGUGAAUGA